CUGGGAGAGGGAGGCUUGAGGCGGUUUGCAGAGACGUGGAGGGCAGAGUUCGUCUGGACCGAGGCACUUACGGACUCGUAGUUCCUUGGGAAAAGGUAUCUGGUAAUCACAAGACUCCUUGGCCAAAAGAAAGUGAUCCGUUCUGCGGAGCUCCGGAAGAGAAAGCAUGAGGCCUACGGGCUGCCGCAAGGUCCAAGCCGCGCCGUUAGGCUGUCAAACGAGGUACGGAGUUCCCGGGCCGCGGGGACCCGAGCUUGCGGCGGCCUCUUACAGCCAGCUUUAGGUGUUGCCUGUCGGGUGUGCAAGAAUGAGAAGUAAGGAAAUGGGAAAAUAAGGCAACAGGAGUGGAAAUGACUGAGCCAGAAAGCAGUUGGGAAAAGGGAGAAGCUCCCUGGACUGGGCAUUGAGGCCUGACUCCUGGGGUCCGCUGAGCCUCCGCUAGGACAUGGCUACGAGCCCUUCCAGAUGAUAAGCCCUAAGUUUUUUGAAAACAGAAACAUGUAUUUAAUUUCUGUGGAUUACCUAUCAUACUGGGACAGUUUCUCCAGGGCUGGGAAGUAGGCGCUCGAUUAGCGUUCGUUGCUAAACUGAUGCCUUAGGGCUGCGUGAGCUACUCCAGAGGCUCGUUCCUGUGACGCCCUGGGAGCCAGUCCCCUGGGCUCCCCUCCAGCACCCGCCCACAGCCCAUCCGACCAUGGAGGCCCCGGAGGUCCCUGUGGGCUCACUGAUUGACUUUGGGCCUGAGCCCCCUGCCUCCCCUGCCCUGGAGACACCACCCCCUGCGCUGCAGGAUGGGGAUAGUUCCCUGGGAGACGGUGGGUCGGAGAGCGAGACCACGGAGUCGGCAGACAGCGAGAAUGACAUGGACGAGUCACCCUCACACCCAUCCUGGGACCAUGACCGCCGCUCCUCCUCCAACGAUUCCUUCUCUUCGGGCCAGAGCACCGAGUCAGCCCAGGACGAGAAGACCCUGGCGCUCCGGGAGUUCAUGCGUGGCUAUGUGGAGAAGAUCUUCUCUGGAGGGGAGGACUUGGACCAGGAGGAGAAAGCCAAGUUUGGCGAGUACUGCAGCAGUGAAAACGGAAAAGGCCGGGAGUGGUUUGCUCGCUAUGUGAGCGCCCAGCGCUGCAACUCCAAGUGUGUCUCAGAAGCCACCUUCUACCGCCUGGUGCAGUCUUUUGCAGUGGUGCUGUUCGAGUGCUAUCAGAUGGAUGACUUUGGGCCAGCCAAGAACCUCAUGACCAUGUGCUUCACUUACUACCAUGUCGGAAAGCCACAGCUGCCCCCAUCGGAAGCCAAAGAGAAGCCUGCAGGGAGUGUGGACUCCUACCUGAGGUCGGCCAACAGCUGGCUGGCAGAGAAGAAGGACAUCGCCGAGCGGCUGCUGAAGAACACGUCGGCUCGGACAGAGAAUAUGAAGGGCUUCUUCGGAGGGCUGGAAACCAAGCUGAAGAGCCCCCUGAUCAGGAAAAAUGAGGACGAUGAGAACAAGCCUAAGGAGAAGCAGCAGAGGACAGUGACUGUGUGCAGCCCAGAGAGCAAGAAAAAAGGGGACAAGAUCUACCUGUACACACACCUGAAGCAGCAGCCCAUCUGGCACACACUGAGGUUCUGGAAUGCAGCCUUUUUCGACGCUGUCCACUGUGAGAGGAGAAAGCGAUCUCCCACUACCAGAGGGGAUGCUGGAGAGGAGGAGGAGAAGAGGGAGAAGUGGUGCCACAUGACCCAGGAGGAGCGUGAUGACAGCCUGCGGUUCAACGAGAACAUCACCUUUGGGCAGCUGGGCACGUUCACACACAACAUGCUGGCCUUCGGCCUCAGCAAGAAGCUGUGCAACGACUUCCUGAAGAAGCAGGCAGUGAUCGGCAACCUGGAUGAAGAGCAAUACAAGCUGCUUAGUGAGCACAUCGAGCAAAUGGCCACUGAGUAGGCCAUGGAGGCCACCCCUCCAGGAGGACCGAGGGCCGGCGACUGGCCGUCACCCACUCGAUGACCCUGCAUGACGCCAGCAGCACCCAGAGCUGCUCCUCGCUGCCCUAGAACUAGCAGUUAGAAGAACUCAGCUGCCUGUGCUCCCCUCUGCCUGUGUCUGCUCCCCCUGCCACAUGCCAGAGCAUCCCUCGGAUCUCACAGCUCACCAUGAGGUGACCAGCUGGACCCCCCGAGCACCAGGCUUGUGAGAUGGGACAAAGAGGGAGGAGGCCCAGGCUGGAGCGGGUGCGGUGGACAUGGGCACAGGUGGGCGGCUGUGUGGUAGGCAGGGCUGCAGCCAGCAUAGGCCGGGGCAAGGUGGAGCAGGCGGUGGCCAUGCUAGUCACCUGAGCCUCGCCCCCAUGCCCAGGAUGGACAGAGCUCCUGCCCAGCACCCAGUGUCAGCCUGGGCUGGUACCUACUCUUCCCCCACCUCCCUCCGUGGAAUGGGACCCGCCUGGAGGAGAGAGCCCCUUCUGGGGUAAGGACAAAGGCCACAUGGAAGGCGCUUUUGCUGCUGCCAGACCCGGCCCCCUCAGGGACGAGUGAGAGUUCCAUGGAUGGCACAGGAUCUGUGUGCUUCCCUUAUGGUCACAGUAGCACUGAGGUCUUCUAUGGCCACUUAUCCAAAACACUCCUGCUUGGCCAGCGGUUUCUGUCUGAAGCAGAGAAGCUUCCUCAGCCCAUGGGGAGCGACUUCAUGCCGUCUUUCCACAUGAGAAAGGGGAAGUCCAGUAGCUGAAGGCAGACAGUGCUACUGUGCAUGUCAGACACAUGAGCACAGGCUGUUCAGUGCGACAGCGGCUGGGGAGAGGCAGCUCCAGCGCGGAUACUGGGGCUGGUGGCUGAAUGGACCCUGUGUCUCAAGCUCCGGGUAUCCGGCCUUCCACUCCUGCAGCCCAGCCUUCCUACUUCUGUCCCUCACUCCACACCAGCACCUAGGUGCUGUGGCUUCCUUGUGGGUUUGUCCAGCACAGCAGCCCAGGGCCGAGGCCAAGGCCGCACCCUCUGCAUGCUGGGCCCACAGCUGGCAGCUGCCCAGUUGGGCUGGGUGCCCCACCUCCUGCCCGUCACCACCCUGGUUGUGACUGGAGACAGGUGCAUGGGGCUCUCCCACCAGCCCCCCACCCCUCCUAUACCCGCCUCUCCCCGACCAUGAGCACAGCAGGAACAUGCCUGAUGGUCACUCCCCAGCCACUGCUCAGGAGGUUUCCCUCCCAGGCAUGCCUCCCUGGAAUGUUCCAGAAAAGAACACCAAAGGUUAAUGCACAGAAUGUGUACUGGGGCAUUGUCUGCCACGUGGAGUCAUGUGAGCCCAUUCUGGCGUCACACUGCUGGCUCAAAGGACUGGGGGAGUGGGGCUCAGAGUCCUUGGCACAACAUGGUGUGUGUGUGUGUGUGAGAGAGAGACUUCCACCUGCCUGGUAAUGCCUCACACAGAGUGGAUCAACCAUGUUGCUGCUCAUUCUCCAUGUUUGGGGUGACUGUGCAGGCUGAGGUGCCCUCCCUCGUUAGCCCCCAGCACCUGUGCAUGUCUGCACUAAAUCCCUUUAGAGAAACAGCAUCACAUCUGUGGGUGUGUGGACCCCUCCUUGCUCCGGUGCCAACCCUGAUAACGCGCCUUCCCCAUUCAGCCUCUGGAAGCUUGGCGCCCUGCCCCCCCCGCACCCACAAAGCCCUGGCUGACCUGGGCACUCCUGUUAGCCGUUGCGUCCUCAGCUUCCUUAGUUGUGUAUUAUUAGUAUGAGGUGAAAUGCAAUGAGACUUUGCUCCGAGGUGCCCAUGAGACGUACCCUGUCCACAAGGGACUUCUGAACAGAUGUUCUGACUCGGCCUGAGCCUCUCCCGGGGGGCUGGGGAGCUUGUGCGUGGCCUUUGGAAGGAAAUACAACUUUGGCUUUUUUUGGCUUUUUUCCAGGCACUUUAACUUCAAAAAUGAUUUUUGAGACUUCCCCCCCACACACAUAGACCUUUUGAAAUAUAAGGCGGAAGAAGGGGCAGUUCUGCUGUUGGCCCGCCUGGUUCUUACAGAUCUGGCUCCUCAGGGGUGGAGGGAGUCUGAGCCCGGGAGGCAUUGCCUUCUGCGCUGGGCCCCACACAGGACACCACCAGAGAGGUGCAGGCCUUCCCUGCCACAAGCGGGGCUGCAGGUGGCCCCAGAGGCUGUCCCCCUGUCCUUCUGUCCUCCCUGCUGACAGCUGGUCUUGGAGGAGGGCUUCUCCUUCUAGAGCCUCUGGCAGUGUCCCAGAGAAACACUGACAGCUUCCUUUUCCCUGGGACAUCUCUCCCUCCAGGGCCUGGCCAGAGCACACAGACCCAGCCCACAGUGCUCAGAGGUCCCCCUAUGGGGCCAUGUCACCCACAGGUGUACACAGGGAUGUUUUGGCUCAGGAAAGCUCUGACAACCAAUCUGUAAACUCAGGAGAUGUCAGACGAUACCCAGGAAGACGUUUUUCUGGCCAAAGCCGGGAACACUGGCAUUUCAGAUUUGCUGCUGUCUGACCUUGGGGGCCACAAGAAUCACAGGAACCAAAAUGCCGUUCUCUCAAGUAGAAAGCACCUGGCCAGAGCCCAGGGCACUGUUGAGACGCAGCCUUUGUUAUUCUGGCGACACUGUUUAAGAGGGGUCGUAUUAGUACUCAGAUGGCAUUUGCUCUGGUGCGUGCAUUGAAACAAAGGCAAGAGAACCAACCUCCAAUAUUAUAAUUUGUCUGUGAGUCGAACAGAGUAGACUCUGUGAUUGUCCUAUUGCCAAAAGCAAAAGAGUGGGCAGAGGAGUCCCAAAAUCACACAAAGAGGGCUAGAGCAAGGGUCCACCUUCAGAGCCCUGUGGCCAGAUUAAAACCCAGACGUUCAGGUCCCCCAGGGGACAGUUUGGAGGCCCGAGAGGCACCGUCUCCUCCGUCUUUCCUUUCUGGGAGUUGAAACCAAAUGGGUCUCUGUCGCCGCUUUCUCCAGGCCGUCAGACUGUGAGUUCGUCUAUGUGGACAGAGGCUGUGGUGUCAUCGUCAGCGUGGGCUGCUGUGUGGGUUACCUACUCCCCCAGGAGCACCUGGGUCCCUGGUGUGAGGAGCAGAGCUUGCCCCAUUGGGGUAUCAGUCUAACCCGAGUUACCUUAAUUGGAAGCUGGGGCCCUCAGUGACCAGCUGGCUUCUUUAGUAGGGAGGAUCCGGGUGGGCCUGUGUGCUUGGAUAGCUUUGUUACUCGUUACCUAAAACUUCAGUCAGAGGGGCAGCCAAAGCCCCAUAGUUUGCCAAGAACAAUGGGGGGCUUGAGAAAGAGGACUUUAAAAAUGAGAGGGUCUCUGGGCGGCGCCUGUGGCUCAGUGAGUAGGGCGCUGGCCCCAUAUGCCGAGGGUGGCGGGUUCAAACCCAGCCCCGGCCAAACUGCAAUAAAAAAUAGCCGGGCGUUGUGGCGGGCGCCUAUAGUCCCAGCUACUCGGGAGGCUGAGGCAGGAGAAUCGCGUAAGCCCAAGAGUUAGAGGUUGCUGUGAGCCGUGUGACACCACGGCACUCUACCCGAGGGCGGUACAGUGAGACUCUGUCUCUACAAAAAAAAAAAAAAAAAUGAGAGGGUCUCUUGUCGCAGAAGAAAAGGAUACUGGGGGGUGGCAAGGCCCAGCCCGGACCUCAGGGAGAGGGGAGGGGGAGCCCCUCUGGACCCUGCCAGGUGGGUGGUCCAAGGUUGGGCUGUCCUCAGAGGAAGCUGCAGGGCGCCAUCUCCGCAGACCCCUAGACUCCAAGGCUGGUCCUUCUACUUCCUGUCCCGCCCCAACAAGCCGCAGGGGUCUGCUGAACCAUUUCUCCCAGGGCUCAGCCAUCCUGCUUUUCCUGUAAAUCACUCAUUCAUGUUUAUGAUUCUUAGAGAAAAGUCUCAUUUCAAAAGCUUUCAGCCAAGUUCCACGUUAAUGUGGGUCGUACUGGCUAGGAACCCCCCAACUGGCACUCACAUGGGUUGAGGCUUCAUGCUGCGCAGAGCUCCCUCGAGCCACACAGGCCAUGCCCGUAAAUCCUGCUGGCCAUUCCAGGAAGAGCAAUGUGCAGGUCAUCAGAUGCCAGUGGACAGAUCCUUUCCAGAGGGGUUGCGUGCAGCGCUAAGCCACCCUCUGUGGCAGGCUCUUCCUCGGCCUGCCUUCUGUGCCUCAGUGCCCCUUCAGUCUCUGGGCCCGGGUGUUAUGUACUCCCCAGGGGUGAGCGGGGGACCAUCUCAGACUCCCAGGAAUAGCACCUCCAUGGUGGGCCAGCCUGGGUCGUUCCUGAGUGACCCAGAGCCCCACGUCCCAGUGCUGGCCUUAGGUUGAGUUCAUGCCAGCAUUUCCCAGUGGCCAGUCUGAGCUCUGCAGAAUGAGAUGGGCAGAGAGCUCAGGACUGAGCCCUGGCCCUGGCAAUGUCCAGGGAGUUGCGUGGCCAUGGCACUGGAGUGGGGCAAUGCUCCCAUGGUGGGGGCUGUUCCUGGUUACUGCUGGGCAGGGGGAAACUCACUGAGUCAGGUGGCAGGGAGAAUAAGGGUGGUCUGGGUCCCUUUCACACACACACACCUCUUCCACAGGACGUGCAUUUUGCGGAGAAUCCAGAUGCCUGCUUCACCCACAGCCUCCAGGCUCUGAUGAAGCAAAGUCAGUCCCCCAGCUGCUGUAGCUUGGGGCUCAGGGAGCUGCACUUUAAGGGUGCUGCCUAUUAACUGGAAAAGGGGUGCAGUCAGUGGAUUGGGGUGGUGUUUGUUCCCUCUUUGGUCCUGGAACACACCGGCCAGAGAGGAAGGCAGUCCUGGCCUCGGGGGAAGGCGCUAAGGGGGACUACAGGUGGAUUUCCCUGCAGGAGAUGGCACAGCCUGGGCUGUGGGGCAGGAGCCCAGUAAGGGCGCGAGUAGGCCUGGGCCUGGUGCUUAGAGUCGCUGGGCAGCACCUUGAGAAAGGUAAGUCAAGCAUUUGAACACUAGGAAAUGCUGGAAAUUCAAAAGCCACGCGUAUUGUCCCUUAAAAUAUGCAAAUGUGUCAGAGCCCCCCUGUGCACUGUGGCUUCUGUUGGGACUUUCGAUGCUGGCCUGUGUGCUAAGCUGUCUGCUUUCUUUCUCAAGUUUGUCUGGGACCCAAACCUGCCAUUGUCACACCCAAACAUUGCAUUUUCCGUAGCUCCCCAAGCAUAGAGGUCAGCGGUGCUGACAAUUUAUGUGUCACAGUUAUGCAAUUUUGUGUCCCACUAGGUGACAGUCUACAAACUGUAUUUUAAGGUUGAGAACGUUUCAAGGUUGAAGAUCUCAAAGCAUUGCUAAAAUCAAAGCUGUAUCUUGUGAAGAAAAAAAAAAUAUAUAUAUAUUGCACCUUGGAUUGUCAGAGGUGGAACUGAAAUAAAUUAUC